AUGUUUAUAAUAAAUAAAAAUUUACCACAUUUUAAAAAUGACUUUUCUGAUUAUUAUUCAAAAUUGGAUAAUGACCUUUCAAUAUCAUCACCAAAAUUUGAAAGUCCAGUUUUAUCUCAACCAAAAGUAAAACCAUUAUCACAUGAUAUUAUUUCAAUAUGUUCAACCAAAAUUACACCAUUAGAUGAUUUUAAUUUUUUAAAAGUGAUUUCAAAAGGUGGAUUUGGAAAGGUUUAUUUGGCAGAAAAUAAAAUAACCAAAAAAACAGUAGCAAUAAAAGUAAUAAAAAAAAGUGAUACAAUUAAAAAAAUGAUGGUUGAUCAAGUUAAUAUUGAAAAAACAAUUUUGUCAAAUUAUAAAUGUAAUUUUAUUGUAGAAUUAUUUUCUUCAUUUCAAACUGAUAAAAAACUUUUUUUCGUUAUGGAAUUUUUAAAUGGUGGUGAUUGUGCAUCAUUAUUACGUUCAUUUAAUAAUAAUAUGCCUGAAGAUUUAACAAAGAAUAUUAUUGCUCAAAUAAUAAUAUGUUUAGAAUAUCUUCAUAACCAUGGUAUAAUUCAUAGAGAUUUAAAACCAGAUAAUAUCUUAAUAGAUUCAAAUGGUCAUAUUAAAUUAGCAGAUUUUGGUUUAUCAAAAUUUGAUUUUGUUGAUGAAAGUUGUAAUAUUAAAAUUUUAAAGAAUUCUUUUACUUUGUACAACACAAAUAAUAAUAACACUACUGAAAAUCAAAAGAUUCUUGGUACUCCAUAUUAUAUUCCUCCAGAGGUAAUUUUGGGUAAAGGAUAUGGUAAAACUAUUGAUUGGUGGUCAUUGGGAAUCAUUUUGUAUGAAUUUUUAAUUGGUUAUCCACCAUUUCAAGAAGAUGAACCAAAUGAAUCAAUUAAUCCAAAAUCAGAUAAUGAUGAAAAAAAUGUAAGAAUAAUAUUUAAUAAAAUUACAAAUCAUAAAAAAAAACUUUAUUUUCCUAAAAAGCUAUACCCAGUGGCAAUUGAUUUAAUUGAAAAAUUAUUAGAUCCAAAUCCAAGUGUAAGAUUAGGUGCAAAUGGUGUUGAUGAAGUUAAAUGUCAUCCAUUCUUUUCAGAAAUUAAUUGGAAAAUUUAUGAAGAUCAAAAGGUAUUGGUUUUUCAACCAUUUGUUGAAAAUGAUUGUGAUACAAGUUAUUUUAUUGAGAGAAAAGAAGAAAAUAAUAAAAAUAAAAUUAAUGAUGAUAUUGAUUCUUUAAUUUUAAAUCAAAAUAAUCAAAACAUUUAUAAAAAUAAUAAUAAUAAUAAUAAUAAUAAUAAUAAUAAUAAUAAUAAUAAUAAUAAUAAUAAUAAUAAUGAUGAUAAUGAUGAUGAAAACAAUAUUAUAGAUCAAAACUUAUUUAUUGAUUUCGAUUUUCCCACCUAUUAA